GUCGCAUAUUAAUGACGUCACCGGAGCGCCGUACCUCACGCCGUUUUUCUUGCUUUUCUGAAGCUACUCACUUAGGCUGGUGUUUUACGUAUUAAGUUAAAAAGAGAAAUCAUGUCUUUUAUAGAAGAAGAGUCAUCUGAGGGCCAUGGGGCAGGCCGUUCGUGGCUGGAAAGUAACGUUUUCAGUUGUGAACUGUCGUCAAAGAUUCCUUUCUACACGUUUCAAGGAGAUGACGAUGAUGAUUUAGAGCACUUGCUGGAGCUCCGAACGGUCUGUCUGGGAAAUGGAGCCCAGGAAGAGAACAACGUGGUGGAGGUCACAGCUCUAAAUCACCAGGGAAAGAAAGUAUCUGUGCCUCUGGCCAACCUUCAUGUAUCCUGCCUGCCCAUGGUGAGUUUGGGGGAGUUUGAGCUGAAGGCUCCUGUGACUCUGCGUCUGAAGUCUGGAUCGGGACCAGUUACCGUGAGCGGGCUUCACCUUGUUGCUUAUGAGAAUUCAGAGGAGGAAGAAUCUGGCACAUCUGAGGAUGAGGAAGGGUUCAAGAGUGACAUUGCUACACUUAAGCCGGCUAAGAAGAAGCAGAAGCUUUAACUUCACUUCUUUUUUUUUUUUUUUUUUUUUUUUU